GUCUACUGCAAUACUGCUGGUGUGGUCGUGGAAAUACGUGACAGACUGAACGUUGUUUAGCGGGGGACUAGAAUGUGAUGUUUACAGGCCUUUGUGACCAUCCUACAGCGACUCAUCAAGCCAAAGUGACAACCAGGUAAGCAGCUUAGCCCUAUAACUGGAGCAAGGAUACAUCCCUGAGGGUCAGCGGCGCGCUAGGAGAACUCCAAAUGCUUCUCGACACAGUUGUGACUGGAGACCGACGCUGCGCCCUCCUCGCCUCUUCUCUCCAUCUACUCUGAUCUACUCUUCCUUUCAUCUCAUCUCUCUGUCACCUCUGAACACCAGCCACUCUUCACAUUUACUCGCCUCUUCUCUCACUGGAUAACUUGGGUGCUAAGAGGAGAGUGGAAAGGUGCCGCGUUACAGCCACUUGUGCCAGACGAGAAUUCCGAAGAGAAGAGGAGUAGAGAGGAAGGGGGAGGGAGCGCUAGAGGGUAGUCCCGCCUCUGUGUGCUCAGUUCACUCGGAAAGGCAGAGAAAAUACAAAGGAACACCUAGCCCUAGUGGCCUGGAGCCUGGAGAAGAGGAGCGGUGUGCACAACCACAGCCAUAACCUCCUCCUACUCCUUCAGUCCCCAGCGUGUGAACUGCCAACAGGAACUACCCUUCCAUCUGGCUCUUCCAUCUGCCUUAACCCUGAUCCAGGACCUGCUACUGUUUGUUUGGUUACUUCCUCUCUCUCGCUCAGCGUCAGUGAGGCUCCACAGCUGAUCCCAGACACAGCACUGUGACGCUCUGCUCAGCGCCCAGUCUUCUACAGUUAACCCGGCAGGCUAGAAGCAGGAAUAGGGAGCGCUUGACAAGAGGCUAGAGUCAGAGAUGGGAGUCCUUGUUUGUGGCGUGGUGGUGCUGACGCUCAUCUGUCAAAGCCAUAGCUUGGACGGUGCCACAAACCCCCUGCACAGGUUUAAAAGGUAUCAGGAAAGUGCCUCUUCGGAGCCCAACGAUUGCACUACCAGGACGAGACAACCCAUGGUCCUGUCCAAAUCAGGCAACUUUUCCCUGGAUGUCCGCAUGCCGGGGGUGUCCCCCACGGUGUCUGACACCUAUUUGUGUGUGGCCGUUCCAGUACCGACAACCAGGGAUGCCUAUAUCGUGGAUUUUGAGCCUCAUGCCAGUAUGGACACAGCCCAUCACAUGCUCCUGUAUGGCUGCGGGACACCAGUCUCCACCACCAACUACUGGGACUGUGGAAGUGUCAAGGGGACCUGUGAGGACGAAGCCUCCAUCAUGUACGCCUGGGCCCGAAAUGCCCCACCCACCAGGCUACCCCCAGAUGUCGGUUUUAAAGUUGGAGGGAAAUCCAGAAUCACUUACUUUGUGCUGCAAAUCCACUAUGGGGAUGUCCACGCUUUUAGUGACCACCAUAGAGAUUGCUCAGGACUUACCUUACGAAUGACUUCCAAACCACAGCCCUUCAUUGCUGGCAUGUAUCUGAUGAUGUCUGUGACCACCGUCAUCCUUCCAGGAAAUAAAGUUACAAACGCAGACGUGGCUUGCACUUAUAACUCAUAUCCCAUAUACCCGUUUGCCUUCAGAACCCACACGCACAAGCUUGGACAAGUUGUCAGUGGUUACAGGAUUCGAGACGGGAAGUGGACUCUGAUUGGACGACAGACUCCUCAGUUACCACAGGCAUUCUAUCCUGCCACCGAGGGAAUCAACGUGAAGUACGGAGACACACUUGCUGCUCGAUGUGUCUUCACCGGGGAAGGAAGGACCACCAACACAUAUAUUGGAGGUACCUCUGAUGACGAGAUGUGCAACUUCUACAUGAUGUACUACAUGGAGAGCAGACACGCAGCACCCUUCCAGGAGUGCAUGGAGGACGGCUCCAAGGAGCUGUUCCAGAACAUUCCACCCGAGGCCAACGUGCCCAUCACGGUUCCUCCAGAGAUGAUGAUGCACAACAUGAUGCACUCUGCUGGAGCCCCAUCUACCCCAGAGCAUCAAGAUGACAUGGCACUGCUGCAACCCAAGCGUGAGGAGGAGGAAGUUCUGGAUCAGGGUGACUUCUAUUCCCUUCUGUCCAAACUCCUAGGCGAGAGCGAGGACGUAGUCCACGUGCAUAAGUAUACGCCCGGCGAGGCGCAGAGUGCCCAGGCCAAACUGGUGGCUCAGAUUGAUAGCAUAAUUCAAAAGAAAGACCUGGGCUGGCCCAGUCCCAGGCUAGGCUUCCUGGACAGAGAGGAUGCUAUACUGGUGAGGGACAGAGUGCACAAGUUUCACCAGUUAGAGGCUACGGCCAGGCCUCCCGGGAGCAAGCUAAUGCCAGCUAACGCACUGGUCGAGAUUGACGAUGAUGAUGAAGAAGAAGAGUACCAUCUGGAAGAGGUGACGGACUGGCCAGAGAGCCCACUCCAGCUGGGUCAGGUGUCCGGUUUGGCCCUGGACUCAGACGACAACCUGGUCAUCUUCCACAGGGGAGACCACCAAUGGGGGGUCAACUCCUUCGACAACAGUGGCAAAUACCAGCAGCAGUCCCUGGGUCCCAUUCAACAGUCCACCAUUCUCGUGGUGGAUCCCGUCAAAGGCAGCGUACUCAAGGCCUCCGGAAGAAAUAUGUUUUACUUGCCUCAUGGAAUCACCACGGACAAGGACAAUAACUACUGGGUCACGGACGUGGCGCUUCAUCAGGUGUUCAAACUGAGCAGCGAUGGCCGGGACAAGCCCCUGGUUGUGCUGGGAGAGGCCUUUGAACCCGGAAGUGACAAAGAGCACUUCUGCAAGCCCACCGACGUGGCGGUGGACCCCGUGACCGGGAACGUGUACGUGUCAGACGGAUACUGCAAUGCCAGGAUACUUAAGUUCUCACCCGAGGGAAAAUACCUGUCACACUGGGGAGCAGGCUCGUCAGACAGAAGGAGAAGGGUCCAGUUCCGAAUCCCACACAGCCUGGUGUUUCUGCCUGACAGGCGGGAGCUGUGCGUGGCCGACCGGGAGAAUGGACGCAUCCAGUGCUUUGUCGCUGAAUCCGGGGAAUUCGUCAAGGAGAUCAAGAAGCAGGAGUUUGGAGGGGAAGUGUUUGCCAUCUCCUACGCACCUGUGCAUGGUGGUCUGAUCUACGCGGUGAAUGGGGAAUCUGCGUACGGGCGCUCUGCCCCUCUCAAAGGCUUUGUGAUUAAUUAUUCAACCAAGGAGAUCCUGGAUGACUUCAGCCCAGAAAACACACAGGAGUUUGGAAUGCCCCACGACAUUGUUGUAACCAAAGAUGGGCGUGUCUUUGUAGGAGAUGCAGCCACAGACUCCGUGCUAAAGUUCUCCUCUGACAAAGCUGAACAUCGCUCUGUUAAGAAAGGUGGAAUUGAAGUACAAGAAAUCGAAGAAACAGAGACUAUAAUCCAAACCCGCCUGAAGCCCCAGCACAGGGUAGAGGUAGCGGUGGCCAAGGUGCAGAUACCUGUAGCGACUCAACAGAAGACUGCUGAGCCUGUCCAGGAACAGCCCCAAAAAACGCAACAACAAGAGGAUGAUAAGGACAAGACUCUAGCCAAACAGACUGCUCAGGGCGUGUCUCCGGCAGUUAUCACCACCCUGCUGCUCAUCCCCUUAGUGGUGGUCAUCUCCAUAGGGGUCUUGAUCCGCUACAGGAAGAACAGGAUGUAUGGAGAUGGAUGUGAGGUAAAACUGGAACAGACCUCGUCCGGAGGAAUCUUGGGAAAACUCAGAGGUAAAGCUGCGGGCGGUCUGAACCUGGGCAACUUCUUUGCCACUCACAAGGGCUACACCCGGCAAGGCUUUGACCGUCUCAGCACGGAGGGUAGUGACCAGGAGAAAGAUGAUGAUAACGACACUGACUCGGAGAACGAGGAGUACUCGGCACCGCCUCCCCCUGUCGGCCCCUCCUCCUCCUCUUAGGA